AUGAUGCAGGAAAUUAAAUGUCUUCUCCCAAACAGCCUCAAGCCAUCAAAUCAUUGCCAAGUCCAAAUGUCGGUUAUGCCAAGCGGGGCGGGUUCACGACAAAUCGAUAUUAAAUAUACGGUUUUGUUUCGCACCGAAAACGAUGAAAUUGAAGAAAUACAGCCGAUAACAAAAACUAUUUGCACUGUAUGGUAUGAUGGAAUAUAUCCAAGCAUUAAGAUUAAACGUACUAUCUCUGUCAAUUGUCCAGUGAUUCUGAGCAAUCAUUGCCUUUGGAAUUUAGUUAAUGUGGACGAGCUUAACAGGGCUCUCAUCGAUUGCCGUCCCAACAAACCAAUUUCCGUAAAUAUUUACGCCCCUGAUCUUUGCAUCCGCACCGGUUCCGUCGUCUUUAUAUUCGUGAUGGGCUGCAUAUAUUCCGUACCUGUGGCUUGGAGUCUCAAGAGGGAAAAGAUAUGUGAUUGCGAAAUGACUGAGGUGCAAGUCGGCAUUUCUUUGUACGAAAUGAAGCAUACCUGCUCUCAUAGAUUUUUGGUAGAAUUAACACCACUGAACGGGAUGGUAGCGCCUGAUAAUCCCGAAUUGUUAACGCUAAAGUUCAACUAUGCUUAUGAAGGCUUGAACACAUUAUCUUACAUAAUGACUUUACCGAACCAAAGGACGAUACGUAUUUACCUUAACAUCUUUGCGACUUUAAACACGAAAGGUGUUUUGACAGCGCUCCGACGAUGCAUAUACCAGCCAGGAUACUUGGCAGUUCUAGACUGCGGAAAAGUUCCGAUCAACAAUUUGGAUCCAGUUAUAAGGAUUGUGUGGUUGUACAAUCCGACGGAUGUAUUUACGACGUGGCGUCUGCUGCGCGGGAACACAACCUCUCCGGAUUCUAUAAUCCGCUGUUUGCUUUAUUUCGCCGAAGUGCCUCCAUUGGGGAAACUGGCUAUACCAUUCGCGUUUAUGCCUACUGAGAUGAUAGAUUACGAGAUGAUAUUUCAGUGUUCGUUUGGGUAUGACACUGUUAAACUUUUAGUAAAAGGGCAAGGUGGUCUUCCGAAUUGCAUUGAAACGAGACUCGAUGUCCCGAGGUACGUGGAAAAAAACAUCAGGGCGGCUCACAGAAAUGGUCUUGUAUAUUUAUCGAUGGAACACUUGAGUUUACCUGUAAUGCCGACUCAUUCGUUGUCGCGAGAAAUUAUAGCUAUAAAUAAUGACACCGAACACGUAAUUCGAUUUAUAUGGUUGCCUGAAAGAAUAGCAAACAUAAUAAACGUGGUUAUGACUCCGUGUUGGGGUGUUGUACAGCCUAAAACGACGGAAUGGAUUACAAUGACUGUUUAUUCUUUACAAGAACCGGCCACUUUCACUACGACGGUCGCGUGUGAGAUUUUAGAUUUGACAGAACGCAAGCGCUACCAACGGAACGAAUUACUCAGGAGGAAUAAAAUGGAGAAAUGCAAACAGGAAUUUAUGAUUACGGAGAAAGGCUUUUUUCGUCCCGGCAUAAACGAUUCUCCUCCCUAUGUACUGGACCUCGAAAAACCGAAGCCAUUUUAUUUGGCUAUGUCAAUUUCUAUAUCAUCAAAAGGUCAACGUGAUGGAUACCCGAGAAUGCUGCUAAGGCAAAUGUGGGAACAGACUCCACCCUAUGAUUUGAUGUCAUCAGAUAUCAAUGAUUAUGGAGGAAACUACGAAAGAGCUUCGCACAGCAAUAACAUGACUAUUGGAGAUGUCAUUAGGAUCAUAGAUGGCAUUCUGUGGGACGCCUUGCACAGCAAAAUGUUCAAGAACCAAAUAGAAUUUUAUGCCAAAGAAGAAAUACCCACUUAUUCACAGCUUGUCGAAGUUAUUGAAAAUGAAACCAAGCCACAACUAAGCAGACGGGUUACUUCUGGUAUUUGCGACGCGAUAGUCAACAAGGCCGUCUUCCACAUCUACGGCCUUAACCCAAAACACGAGACUUCGAUUUUAGAUGCAGAAUAA